AGAUCGAUUCUCCUGAUUUCAUCAGCUUCGAGAGAGAUUCUCUUUUCCUUUCUCGUUGAAUGUCUCGCUCCCAGAACGAGGAGUUUCAACAAUGGUGGAACAAGCAACGAGAUAGGAACAAUCACGACGUUCUUUACACCGGCGACGAUGAAGCAUUCCUCACCGUUGAAAUCCGUACUCCGGCCACCGUUGACCCCGAUAAGGAUCGGAUCCGGACUCGUACCGCUCGUCAGCUCUCUCGUCUCUACCUCCUCAAGUUCAAGCAACUCGCAUCUUCCUUCGUCUGGAUCGGUAACUCUUUCCUUUACCUUGUUCGCACCGCCAAUCGCCGCAUUGCCAACGAUAACCCUCCAUCUGUCUCCUCCUCCGCUAGAUUGUACCGUCUAAUCAAGGGAUUUCUCGUUGUUGUUGUGCUUCUUCUCUGUUUCGAGCUCGCCGCUUAUUUCAAGGGAUGGCACUUCACACCUCCCUCUGUUGCCUCCGCCGAGGUCGCCGUGGAGGUGGUUUACGCUUGGUGGUUGGAGAUCAGGGCGUCUUAUCUCGCGCCGCCGCUUCAGAGCUUGACCAAUGUAUGUAUAAUUCUCUUCUUGAUUCAAUCGGUUGACCGUCUGGUGCUUGUGCUUGGAUGCUUCUGGAUCAAGCUCCGCCGCAUUAAGCCUGUUGCAUCUAUGGCGUAUCCGACUAAAUUGGUUGGAGAAGGAGUGAGAUUGGAAGAUUAUCCAAUGGUGAUUGUUCAGAUUCCAAUGUGCAAUGAAAAGGAGGUUUACCAACAAUCUAUUGGAGCUGUGUGUAUGCUUGACUGGCCAAGGGAAAGAAUGCUAGUUCAGGUUCUUGAUGACUCCAGUGAGUUAGAUGUUCAGCAGCUUAUAAAAGCUGAAGUACAGAAAUGGCAACAAAGGGGUGUAAGGAUAGUGUAUAGACACCGUCUCAUACGUACUGGUUACAAGGCUGGAAACCUUAAAGCUGCAAUGAACUGUGAAUACGUCAAAGACUAUGAGUUUGUCGCCAUAUUUGAUGCGGAUUUCCAGCCACCAGCGGAUUUUUUGAAGAAAACUGUGCCUCAUUUUAAGGGUAAUGAUGAAUUAGCCUUGGUCCAAACACGGUGGGCUUUUGUGAACAAAGACGAAAACUUGCUUACAAGACUCCAGAACAUAAAUUUGUCUUUCCACUUUGAAGUUGAACAGCAGGUUAAUGGUGUCUUUAUUAACUUCUUUGGCUUUAAUGGAACUGCUGGUGUUUGGAGAAUCAAAGCCCUCGAGGACUGCGGGGGAUGGUUGGAGCGAACAACUGUUGAAGACAUGGAUAUUGCCGUUCGUGCGCAUCUUUGCGGAUGGAAGUUCAUUUAUCUGAAUGAUGUAAAGUGUCUCUGUGAACUUCCGGAGUCCUAUGAGGCAUACAAAAAACAGCAAUACCGUUGGCAUUCGGGUCCAAUGCAAUUGUUCCGUUUGUGCUUCUUUGACAUUCUUCGGUCAAAGGUGAGUGUUGCCAAGAAAGCAAAUAUGAUAUUUCUCUUCUUCUUGCUACGGAAGCUUAUCUUGCCAUUCUACUCAUUCACGCUCUUCUGCGUCAUUCUUCCAUUAACAAUGUUCUUCCCAGAAGCUAACUUACCAUCUUGGGUUGUUUGCUACAUCCCUGGGAUCAUGUCCAUCUUAAACAUCAUCCCAGCCCCAAGAUCCUUCCCUUUCAUUGUUCCAUAUCUCCUUUUCGAAAACACCAUGUCAGUUACCAAAUUUGGAGCUAUGAUCUCUGGUUUGUUCAAGUUUGGAAGUUCUUACGAGUGGGUAGUCACCAAAAAGCUUGGGAGAUCCUCUGAGGCUGAUCUGGUUGCAUACGCAGAGUCAGGUUCUCUGGCCGAGUCCACAACCAUCCAAAGAUCAUCCUCUGAUUCAGGUCUGACCGAGCUUAGCAAACUAGGAGCAGCAAAGAAAGCUGGCACAACCAAAAGAAACCGUCUGUACAGAACAGAAAUCGCACUUGCGUUUAUCCUCUUGGCAGCUUCGGUGAGAAGCUUGUUGUCUGCGCAAGGGAUCCAUUUCUACUUCCUCUUGUUCCAAGGAAUCACUUUCGUUGUUGUCGGUCUAGAUUUGAUCGGGGAACAGAUUCUUCCUUUUUUUACGGAUAGUAUUAGAGAAUGGCAGAAAGAACCGUCGAAGAGGAUUCCAAAGACUUGCCUACCUGUCUUUGUUGUGAAGAAGAAGAAGUUUAUCAUCAUGAGUCUUCUACUUCUUCUUGCUCUGUCUCUGCUCAUCUCUGUUUCAGGAGCAAAGUUCUCCGGCCGGCCAGGAGUCAACUACGGCCAGCUCGGAAACAACCUCCCGUCUCCGGCCGACUCAGUCAACCUCAUCAAAUCCCUAAACGCAAAACGAGUCAAACUCUACGACGCUAACCCAAAAAUCCUCACCGCCUUAAACGGCACCGACAUUACCGUCUCCGUCAUGGUCCCGAACGAGCUCAUCGUCAACAUUUCCAAAUCAGAAUCACUCUCCGACGAUUGGAUCCGAUCCAACAUCCUCCCGUUUUACCCAACCACCAAGAUCCGUUACCUCCUCGUCGGCAACGAGAUCCUCUCUUCACCAGACUCUGAGCUCAAAUCUUCACUCGUUCCCGCAAUGCGCAAGAUCCAACGGUCCUUGAAGUCUCUCGGCGUUAAAAAAGUCAAAGUAGGGACUUCACUCGCCGUCGACGUUCUCCAAUCUUCGUUUCCUCCGUCGAGCGGCGAGUUUCGGUCGGAUAUCUCCGGUUUAGUAAUGAAACCGAUGCUACAAUUCUUAAACCGGACUAAAUCGUUCUUAUUCGUUGAUGUCUACCCGUAUUUCGCGUGGGCUCAAGAUCCGACCCAUGUGGAUCUCGAUUACGCGAUUUUCGAAUCUACCAACGUCACCGUCACGGAUCCAGUCACGAAUCUGACCUACCACAACCUAUUCGAUCAGAUGAUUGACGCUUUCGUCUUCGCUAUGAAACGACUCGGGUAUCCGGAUCUUCGGAUCUGGGUCGCGGAAACGGGUUGGCCCAAUAACGGUGACUACGACCAAAUUGGAGCAAAUAUUUACAACGCCGCUACUUACAAUCGCAAUGUUGUCAAGAAACUCGCCGCUGACCCGCCCGUUGGUACGCCCGCCCGACCCGGAAAGGUUCUACCGGCGUUUGUAUUCGCGCUUUACAACGAGAAUCAGAAAACGGGUCCGGGUACGGAGCGGCAUUUCGGACUUCUACAUCCGAACGGGACUCAGGUCUACGGGAUUGAUUUGUCGGGGAAGACGACGGAGUACAAGGAAUCGUUGCCGGCGCCGGAGAAUAACGAGCUUUACAAAGGGAAGAUUUGGUGCGUGGUGGCUAAAGGAGCGAAUUGGACUCAGCUAGGUGAUGCUCUAUCGUACGCUUGCUCACAGGGGAAUAAUACCUGUGACCCGAUUCAACGCGGAGGCCCAUGUCACAAACCCGAUUUGACCGUUUUGCACGCCAGCUACGCCUUUAGCUCUUAUUGGGCCCAAUUCCGUAAGACCGGUGGGACUUGCUCCUUCAACGGCUUAGCCACCCAAACCAUUAAAGAUCCAAGCUACGGACGCUGUGAGUUUCCGAGCGUGACAUUGUGAAGACUUACGAGUUACGAUAAUGCAUGGUCGAGAAGAGACACACGAGGGAAAACCGCACGAUGUUACGGCUU